AAAUGGUAAGUUUGAUGCAAAGUAGAAUGAGAGUUUUGGUUUGUGGACUAAAAGCCCAGAUAUUACAUAUCCACCAGCUAAAAAACACCAAUAACAUCAUAUCAAAUCCCUCUCUCGCUCACCUCUUUAGGAAGAGAGUUACGAAUCUUCUCUUUAAGCCCAACACGUUCGUUCGAGGAAGCUGCAUAAAGCAUACAAUUAACCUAAUAAAAAAAAACAUUUUAUCAAUUUUGAUUACUUUGAGAGAGAGCGAAGAUAGUUAUGGCCACGGAAAGUGGGACUGGCAGCGGCGGAGGAAGUGGCGGCAUUCACGUAUCCGUAGAUAUUAGCGAGCAAAUUCUGACUCCAACGGCGUCAUCUUGGACAUUAGAUCUCGACAAGUUUCGUCUUCGUCAAGGGAGAAGCUCUCACACUCCUAGUGGCUCUCCACCUCCUCCUCCUUCUCAUCAUCAUUACCGUGAUGGUUCUCGCUUGUCUUUACAUCGUCUGCUUCCGACCCCAAGGAAGCAACGCAAGGUUUCAGAAUAUUACAAAAAACAAGAAAGUCUCCUUGAAGGUUACGAUGAGAUGGAGACCAUGGCGGAGUUGGGUUGUUUCCCUGGAAAUGCUACAGAGGAUGAAAUGAAGCAGCUGGCAAAGAGUGAGAGAAUGGCAAUUCAUAUUUCAAAUAUAGCUAACAUGGUGCUUUUUGCAGCAAAGGUUUUUGCUUCUACUGAAAGCAAAUCAUUGGCAGUAAUUGCCUCAACACUAGACUCUCUCUUGGAUCUCUUGUCGGGGUUUAUUUUGUGGUUCACAUCCCAUGCCAUGAAAAAGCCAAACCACUAUUACUAUCCCAUUGGAAAGAAGCGGAUGCAACCAGUGGGUAUCAUUGUUUUCGCAUCUGUGAUGGCAACUCUUGGUUUACAGAUCCUGCUAGAGUCUGGUCGGCAAAUUGUUGCAAAGGUGGGACCUAAAAUGGACAAAGAAGAGGAGAAAUGGAUGAUAGGGAUAAUGGUUUCUGUCACCGUGGUGAAGUUUCUGCUAAUGACGUACUGCCGGAGAUUCAAGAAUGAAAUAAUUAGAGCCUAUGCUAAAGAUCAUUUCUUUGAUGUGAUAACAAAUUCAGUUGGUCUUGUAACUGCUGUCCUCGCCGUCCGAUACUUCUGGUGGAUUGAUCCUACUGGAGCUAUAAUAAUAGCACUGUUCACCAUCAGCACUUGGGCAAGGACAGUGAUUGAGAAUGUAAAUUCACUAAUAGGAAGAACAGCUCCUCCGGAAUUUCUAGCAAAGUUAACUUUUCUAAUAUGGAAUCACCACCAAGAGAUUAAGCACAUUGACACAGUGAGAGCAUACACUUUUGGCACUCAUUAUUUUGUGGAGGUUGAUAUUGUGUUGCCAGAAGACAUGCUUUUAAACCAGGCACAUAAUAUUGGUGAAACUCUUCAAGAGAAGCUUGAACAACUCCCUGAAGUUGAGAGGGCUUUUGUGCAUAUAGAUUUUGAGUUUACUCAUAGGCCUGAACAUAAAUCAAAGGUCUAAUUCUGAUGCUGGUGAGUAAACCUUUUUUUUUUUUUUUUUUUUAGGUUCUUCUAUUGUAUUGCCUAUGAUUUGCUUAUCUUACCCUUUUGUAAACUUUUAGCCAAUUAUUAUUCUGCCUAUUAUUUAA